AUGGCGAACGUUCGGGAUAGUGACACAUCUUUGUGGCUCCACAAUAAACUCGGAACUUCGAAUGAUUCGUGGACUACCGGUUCAAUUUGCACACAAUUAAAUGCGGAAGUUUUAAAAAAUAUCAAGGAUUGUUUUCCAGAUUUGCAAACGCAAGUGAAACUCAAAUUGUUGCUUAGUUUCUUUCAUAUCCCGCGCAGAAAUGUUGAAGAGUGGAAAAAUGAGCUGGAAGAGAUUAUUGAAGUUGCUGCGGUGGAUUCAGAUCUCUGGGUGGCGAUGCUUGCCGAAGUACUCAAAACAUUUCCCUCAGCUGGCACACUCAAUACAGAGAUAGCAGAGUUUGACGAGACCAGGCCUAUAUUCAGUGAUAUGAUCAAUGAAUUGAGGAAGUCGCUGGCGAAACAUUCAGACCUAGGACUGUUGCCACUUGAGUGCCUAUAUUUAAAUAAAAAUGCCUUAGUUUCAGUGGUGGGCCAGCAGCCCAACCCAGUGAAACAUUUUACACUAAAACGUAAACCAAAAUCGGUAGCGUUAAGGAGUGAACUGCUAGCGAAGGCUGCAGAAGUUCAAGCGAACCAAAAGAAGGCUCAAGCGCCGACAGUGCCUGUUCGAAGUCGAGGCAUGCCGAGGAAAAUGACUGAUACAACGCCCCUGAAGGGGCUCCCGUCGCGCUGGGCGGGCGGCCGCAGCGGGGCGCGCGCGGCGCCCGCGGCGGGCCGGCCGCCGCCGCGCGCCGGCAUCAAGCUGCUCGACAUCACCGAGCAGCCCGCCACGCACGCGCAGAUCAAGAAGCGCAGGAAGCUCGAAAUGGAAGAGGGGGUCAAAAAGGCGCCCCCCGCGUCGCCGCCACCGCCUGACUUCAAAACCGCUAAGACUGAAGAACAACCUGCCACAACGAGCACAGACGCAACAGCGGAACCGGAAGCGGAAGCGGCGGAGGCGGCGGGCUCGCCGCAGCCGGCCGCGCCGCCGCAGCCGCCGCUCGCGCCUGCGCCUGCGCAGCCGCCGCCCUUGUUGUUGCAGCAGGGCGGCGGGAACAAGGGGCUGGUGGUGGGCGGCGCGCCCAAGCUGGUGCUGGCCGGCAAGCCCGUGCUGGUCUCCGCGCAGAACCUGCUCAACACCUCCGCGCUCAUCCUGCACCAGGGCGGCAAGGCGGUGCUGCUGCAGAAUAUCAAGCCGGUGACGCAACAGGUUGUACAACAGACGCCGCAACCGAUACAACAGCACACCACGCUACCGCACACGGUGCAACUGCAGCAGCCGGUGCAACAGAUUCCACAGCAGCCGGCGGCACCGCAGCCACAACAGCAACAGCAGCAGCAACAACAGCAACAGCCGGCAACGACGCCGGCCAACCAGCCGGGACAGCCGCUGCUUCCCAGGCGGGGAUUGUCGCUUACGCGCGAGCAAAUGUUAGAGGCCCAGGACAUGUUCCGCAACGCGAACCGUGUGACGCGGCCCGAGAAGGCGCUCAUACUCGGCUUCAUGGCUGGCUCCAGAGACAACCCAUGUCCGAACCUCGGCAACAUAGUGACAAUAAAACUGUCAGAAAACAUAGAGAAUGUCCUGCAAUCGGACGACACGUAUCUCACCAUGCUCUCCGAGAUGCACUUCCAAAUGAACUACAACAACGGCCAGUGGACAAGGCUCAAAAAGUACAGGCAUAUAGAUGGUAUGGUCCCGCAGAAGAUACCACCAGGUUCAACUGUUAUAUCAGCGAAUAACCAGCAACCAGUUGUGUCUAUAGCCAAUCAAAGUGUUAGUUAAGUGACUUGAAGUGUUGUGUAGUGUUUAACCUCUGAACUGUACGUCCAUAUGGUGAGGUUGCCAUGGAAACAGAUAAUGUGUUAUUGUGUAAUCGGUGUGCAUAUGAAUUGCUGUUGACGGUGAAGUGACUGCUAUAUGUUCAGGUAAAAUAGCUUUGGAAGAAGAUAUGAUAAAUUAAAUUGGAGACUAUACAAUUUUAUUAGCUAGUUGUUUUUAUGUUACUAGCAAGUUUUGGUUUUAUACAAAUUUCAACAUAUACAAACAUGUAUUUAUAUCAGAAACUGUUAAUAACUUAUAAGGACAUAAGUACAGAUUUUUGUGCAGUCUAUGGAUCUCAGAAAAUAAGCCAGUCAGACUUUUGGUUGUGUUUGAUUUUGGAAUGGAAUAGGCUUUAAAAAUGGAACAGAAUGGUAUGUUUGAAUAUGGAAUUAUAAUGUAAGUAUUAUACUAUGAUGGAAUAGGCUAUGUUUGAAAGUGGAACAAGAAUUUAAAACAAAUAGAAAUGGAAUGGAUAUAAUUAUACUUACAAUUAUUACAUACAAUAAUAAACUGAUUAUUGGCAAUAAAAAAAGAUACAUAAAUUUUGUAAUUUUAUCCUCUCACUUUUGGGGACAAAACAGGUUUAGAAUAAAUAAAAGGAUGGAAUUUAAUGAAUGAGUUAUAAGGACUCUCAUAUUAUAAUAAAAAUACAAUUUACCAAAAAAACUAAAAAAGUGGCUUCUGAAUUCAUGAAAUCCAUUCAAUAUCCCCUGAGAAGACGAUACAGCCAUACAAAAGUAUUUAAUGAUUUUACCAAUCAUAUAAAACUUUUUGAACUAUUCUUAUUAACUGUUGCACUCUCUUUAAGAAUUGCGAAAAUUCAUUGGGCUAUUAAUAUUUCAAUGAAUUUUUUUAUUUAAUGAAACUUAAUUCUAAAUUAUGACUAUGAAAAUGAGAUAUGACCUAGAGUGUACUAUGAUAAUUAUUGCAAUUAUUUUAUAAAAUUUCUGUAUCACCAUUAAAGCCUUACCAA